AUGAAACGGAAGAAGAACAAGAUGCACAAUCAUCAAACACUGAUGACGGAAGACAAUAGGAGGAAGACCAGGAGAAGGAAAAAACUGAAGAGUGCAAAUGUACCUGAAAACUAUGAUGAGGUCAUAACUUGUCCAGAAUCGAAGAGGUGGAUGAAAGCAAUGAAAGAAGAAAUUGGAAGCCUGGAAGAAAAUAAUACCUGGUCUUUGGUGGAUGAACCAGUUAAUGAAAAAAUUAUUGAAGUAAAAUGGAUUUACCAAAUCAAAUCAGAUGGAAAAUACAAAGUACAUGUUGUUACGAAAGGUUUCCAACAACCGUACCAAGAAAAAGAAGAUUCGCCAGUGGCAAGGACGAAUACGUUAAAACUCUUACUGUUAGUCGCAUGUAUCAACGGAUAG